AUGGCGGCGUCGCGCGCGGCGACGACGGCGACGGGCGCGGCGACGCGAGGCGCGAGAUGUGCGUCGAACGCGCCGGAUUCCUCGAGAUGUCGUCGUCAAUCCUUGGUUUCUUCGCGUCGAGCGUGCGAGCGUCGUCGGAGGUCUUCGACGGCGGCUGUGCACGACGGUGUUGACGUCGCGUCGUCGAGCGCGACGGAGGCCGACGUGGGCGACGCGCGACGAAGGGCCAAGGCGAGACUCGUGGACGCGUGCGUCGGGACGUAUCGCGGCGCGCUGACGACGGCGGACGAUCGAUCGGCGAUCGCGGAGGCGCAAGGCGCGCUGGAAAGGAUCGGGGACGGCUCAGAAACGAUUGAUUUCGAUGCCUUGGACGGGAAAUGGCGGUUGGCGUACACGAACGCGUCGGACGUGCUUGGGUUGUUGAUUGCGAGUCGAACGACGGGCGUGCCUGAGGUCGGGGACAUCUUUCAAUCAUUUUCGUGUAAAAAUGGCAAGAAUGAGGGGAUCACGAACGAGAUCAGACUCUCCUUACCGUUCAUCCUGAGCGAAGCCAAGCGAGGCGAGCCCGGGGGCGUUGGGCUGCGCGUGCAGGCGAGUUAUGAGGACAUCGGGCGGCGACGACUGCGUUUGACGUUUCAAGAGGCCAAGGUGAGCGAGAUCAACAUCUCACCACUCGCCGAGACGCUCUUGGCACCCGCCAUCUUACCGCGAGGGAGCUUGAACCACCAAGUGCUGAUGUUUAUAAAGGAGUUGGAGCUCAAGUUCCCGCUCAGAGGGGCGCUGACGUCCAUUGGCGGUGGCGAGCCGUCCGGUGGCGCCGCUGUCGGGUCGUAUCACCUCACGUACGUGGACGAAGACGUUCUUGUCGGGCGCGCCCAGGCCGGCGGAGUGUACAUUUUUACGCGCGCUGAAUUAUAG